AUGACUGUACGGCUCUUUGAGGGCAAGGAUCAUGCCACUGCUUACCUGCAGUACAGAGUAGCCCCCCAUGAAUUAAUCAGCAAGAUUAUGAGCUACGUGAAGAAAAAGUCACCAAACCAACUCAACCUUGCAGUGGAUGUGGGCUGUGGUUCGGGGCAAGGGACAACUCUAUUGGCUCCAUACUUCAGCAAUGUUGUUGGAACAGACAUCAGCUCUGCCCAGCUGGAGAUGGCACUGGUCAAUAGCAACCCUCCAAAUGUAUCAUACAGGCAGUGUCCAGCAGAAGAGCUACCAUUCGCUUCUGGUGAGGUGGACCUUGUGACGGCCAUGACAGCGGCCCACUGGUUUGACCGGCCGAAGUUCCUUCUGGAGGCUGACAGGGUGCUGAGGCCUGGAGGCUGCCUGGCUCUCCUGAGCUACACAAUGGACAUGGGGCUGGAAUAUGGGGACGUCUCCAACACACUCAAUGACAUCUGUAAAGAGUUCUACGCUGUCCUGCUUCAUUUCCGAGACCCUUACAUAGGAUCGAGCUCUGUGAAGAUCUACUCAGACAUGUUUGACUCCUGCUCUUACCCUGACAAAGAGUGGACUGAGUGUCUGCUGGUAAAAAAGAUCUUGCCAUUGAAUGGAUACAUCGGCAUGGUGCAGACCUUCUCCAACUACCAGAAACUGCAGCAAAAGGACCCCGCUGAGGCUGAACGUCUUUCUAAUGACAUCAGGAACAAGUUGCUGUCUGCCAUGAAGGUGUCUUCUCCUGACACAGAAGUUACAGUGGUUGUGAAGUAUUUCUAUUGGCUGGCCUGCAAACCUCAAUCUUUCUGA